AUGAUGAACCGCCAAUUCACCUGCAAGCCCGGAGCUGCCAACAGGGGCUUCAGCGGCUGCUCUGCUGUGCUGUCCGGGGGCAGCUCAUCCUCUUACCGGGCAGGGGGCAAAGGGCUCAGUGGGGGCUUCAGCAGUCGGAGCCUCUACAGCCUGAGGGGCGCCAGGAGCAUCUCCUUCAAUGUGGCUGGUGGCAGCGGGCGCACAGCGGGAUACGGAUUUGGCCGGACUAGGGCGAGCGGCUUUGCUGGCAGCAUGUUCGGCAGUGGGGCUCUGGGGCCUUCAAACCCAUCCCUGUGUCUGCCUGGGGGCAUCCACCAGGUCACAGUCAACAAGAGCCUCCUGGCCCCACUCAAUGUGGAGCUGGACCCGGAGAUCCAGAAGGUGCGCGCGCAGGAGCGGGAGCAGAUCAAGGCUCUGAAUAACAAGUUCGCCUCCUUCAUCGACAAGGUGCGUUUCCUGGAGCAGCAGAACCAGGUGCUGCAGACCAAGUGGGAGCUGCUGCAGCAGCUGGACCUGAACAACUGCAAGAAGAAUCUGGAGCCUGUUUACGAGGCCCACAUCAGCAGCCUGCAAAAGCAGCUGGAUGCGCUGUCUGGGGACAGAGUGAGGCUGGACUCGGAGCUGAGGGGCAUGAGGGAUGCUGUGGAGGACUAUAAGAAGAGGUAUGAAGAAGAAAUAAACAAGCGUACAACUGCUGAGAAUGAAUUUGUGGUGCUUAAGAAAGAUGUGGACGCAGCAUACAUGAGCAAGGUGGAGUUGCAGGCCAAGGUGGACGCCCUGGAUGGAGAGAUCAAGUUCCUCAAGUGUCUGUAUGAGGGGGAGAUUGCUCAGAUGCAGUCCCACAUAAGUGACACAUCUGUCAUCUUGUCCAUGGACAACAACCGCAACCUGGACCUGGACAGCAUCAUUGCCGAAGUCCGUGCUCAGUAUGAGGACAUCGCCCUGAAGAGCAAAGCCGAGGCUGAGAUGCUGUACCAGACCAAGUUCCAAGAGCUGCAGCUGGCAGCUGGCCGACAUGGGGAUGACCUCAAACACACCAGGAACGAGAUCUCUGAGUUGACGAGGCUCAUCCAGAGAUUGCGAUCAGAAAUUGAGAGUGUGAAGAAGCAAUGCUCCAACCUGGAGACGGCCAUCGCUGAUGCCGAGCAGCGAGGUGACUGUGCCCUCAAGGACGCCCGGGCCAAACUGGAUGAGCUGGAGGGCGCCCUGCAGCAGGCCAAGGAGGAGCUGGCCAGGAUGAUGAGGGAGUACCAGGAGCUGAUGAGUAUGAAGCUGUCACUGGACAUUGAGAUCGCCACCUACCGCAAGCUGCUGGAGGGCGAGGAGUGCAGGAUGUCUGGGGAACACACCAGUGCUGUGAGCAUCUCGGUCAUCAGCAGUUCCACACCCGGGGCCGUCGGUGCUGGGGCCAGCUUUGGAUUCGGCAGCACUGGCACCUAUGGCUACCGGCCCAGCUCUGUGGGUGGGGGCUACAACAUUCUGUCUGGAGGCUGUGUCACUGGGAGUGGGAACUGCAGCCCCCGUGGGGAGACCAAGGCCAGGCUGGGUAGUGCAAGUGAGUUUAAGGAUGUUUCGGGGAAGACCUCGGCUUUGGGCUCACCCACAAAGAAAACCAUGAGAUAA